UCUCCUCUCCUUGUCUCCGCUCGCCUCAGCCAGACGCUUUCGGGCAGCAUGUUCCGCGCGUGCCGAGCGCUGCUCGCCCUCCCCCGGCCCGGCCGCCGCCUGCGCUCCGGGUUCGCGCGCCGCUGGGACCCGCUCGGCGACCUGCAGAAGUCGUUGACAAACUUCCAGAGCCAGUUAAAAGAAAACAUCACAACUCUCUUCGACAACCCCUUCUUUGAUGAAAAACGCCCUCCUGUGCAGGCAGAGGUGGUCAUUGUUGGGGGAGGGGUGAUGGGCUGGUCCGUCGCCUACUGGUUGAAGGCGCUGGAGCCUAGAAAAAAUGCCCUGCGAGUGCUGGUGGUUGAGCGGGACCCAACAUACUCCCGAGCUUCUACAGUGCUUUCAGUGGGAGGCAUUCGGCAGCAAUUCUCCUUGCCAGAAAACAUCCAGAUGUCCCGCUACUCAGCAUACUUCCUGCGCACGGUCAACGUAUGUCAGGAACAUCUGGGAGUCAUGAACGAGCCACCCAUCGAUAUCCAGUUUAACCCUUCGGGGUACCUCUUCCUGGCCACAGAGGAAAGAGCUGCCAUGCUGGAGGAGAAUGUGAACAUUCAGAGGGCUGAAGGAGCAGAGGUCAUCCUGUUGUCACCAACACAGCUGAAGAAGAAGUUUCCGUGGUUGAAUACAGAUGGUGUGGCUCUGGCAUCCUAUGGCCUGGAAGAUGAGGGCUGGUUUGACCCGUGGUCCCUUCUCACUGCCUUCCGGAGAAAAGCAAUAUCCAUGGGCGUCCAUCACUGCUGUGGAGAAGUGACAUCUUUUACCAUGGCCUUUUGCAACUCAGUGACCCCCGUGGGGGAGGAGCUGAUGGUGUCCCGUAUUAAGUAUGCCUGUAUACAGAUGCCUGACAGUUUGGAGUACCACGAAGUGGCAUGUGCCCUUGUGGUCAAUGCAGCAGGAGCCUGGUCCAGGAAGCUGGCAGAGAUCGCAGAAGUUGAGACUAGCUCAUCAAAGACCAAGAAAAUAUUUAAGCUACCGGUGGAGCCCAAGAAAAGAUAUGUGUAUGUUUGGCACAGCCCAGAUGGGCCUGGCUUGAACUGUCCCAUAUUGAUUGACACUUCGGGAGCCUAUUUCCGCCGAGAAGGUUUGGGAAGCAACUACUUGGGAGGCAUGAGCCCCACAAAGGACGAAGAGCCAGACAUUCAGGACUUGGAGGUAGAUCACGAAUUCUUUCAAGAGAAGGUUUGGCCCAAGCUGGCCCAUCGAGUUCCAGCAUUUGAGUCCCUGAAGGUGAAAGGCUCCUGGGCUGGCUAUUAUGACUACAACACAUAUGACCAGAACGCCGUGCUGAGUGUUCACCCUGUGGUGAUGAACAUGGUCAUUGUCACAGGGUUCAGUGGGCAUGGGCUGCAGCAGUCACCAGCAGCAGGCAGGGCUGUGGCUGAGCUCAUUCUGAAACAAAAAUUCGAGACCAUCGACCUCAGCAGGUUCUCCGCCAACAGAUUCCUCUCUGGGAAGCCGGUUCUGGAGAGGAACAUUGUCUGACUUCCCCACGGGGCUGAAACCGACCCUAAAGAUGGAGCCCUGGCCAAGGCAGGAAGAUCACAUUGCUCCGGCCAGAGACUGACAAGAUUCUACAGCACAGCUAGCAAAAGCCCAUGGUGCUGGCAUGGGGGAGAGUGGGUUCUAAUUGACCCGUGGUUCGUGACUGCAGAGAGCACUGCCAAAAAGUCACUCAUUAUGUUGCUAAACUGUCACUGCCCUAAUAUGCUGCCUCCACUUCAGGGAACAGAACUGAAGUCCACAUCUGCACAAUGCAGAGAUCAGGGUUGUUCCAGAGGUGAUGGACACAGCUGGCUCACAAUCUGAUGCACAUACACAGUGUUGCUUUGUCCCAUUGGCACAGCGCAGUCAGGAUGGUUAGACUAUCCAACUCCUGAUCUGUGGUUAAAUCCCCUCCCUGCUUUGAGAUAAGCACUGGAGUGGCCAUUUGCUGGCAGUGGUUGCACCCCAGUCAGCGACAUCUCAGAGCCACGCACUGCAGCCCUUGCUCCUUAUUUAUGCAGCUGCCCAUCUCCACCCAGCAAAGCUUUCACCUGUACUGCUGAGGGAGCACCCAAGGAAGUUUGCUUAGGCAGAAGAACACUGCUGCUUUGCCUUCUAGGAGCAGCCCAUUCCAUCUGGUCAGGCUAGACAAGGAAGGAUCAGCUCCUUCCCGUGCUGUUCUAGAGCGCUAACAUGCACGUGUUUUGUCCCUCACUCCCUUGCUCUGCACCCCCUGCUCUAUUCCUCUGGGCUUAUUCCUGGUCUGGGAGCCACAGAGCACAGAUGGGUUUCUAGGCUCCCUCUAAUGGCCUUGCACACUGUAACCUGUCUGGACCCCCAUUCAUGCCCUGCAGACCUGAGCGGAUGCUGCUGAAGCCUGUUGGUGUCCCAUGGGAGCCUUAGGGCACCUUAGCCCUGAUGUUCAGUCUCCUUACCAGCUCUCAGUCUCUCCCCAGCUCUGGAGCUGUGAUGCCUGUUCUGAUGGCUACUGGGCUUCAUAACACUGCUGGUCUGACUCUCAAACCAAAGGACCGGCUACUGUUAUAUCUGCCAAGUACCCAAAUUCAGUCCACCUGCCCCAGGGAGCCUCUGGCUCCUACCCAAACCAUGGCUGCCUAUAUAGGGGUUCCCUGGAUGCUAAGCGUAGGGGUUAGUUUGGGGAGUAGACUGGUGCCUGCAGUGCUCCCCACUAAUGGAAGCACUUCAAUUUUCCCCUUGCCAUCCUCCAUACACGCUUCUUGCUGGGAACAGUUGGUGGAGGUAUGUUUAAGAGCUGUUAUCCAAGGUGGGGGAAAGGACUAAGGAUUGUGUUUGAGCCUCGUGGGACUUGGAUUGAACCUCACUUGGUUGGAGCAAGUGCCUUGCUUGGUGUCUCUAGUCCCUUGGAGGCUCUCUGCUGUCUCUGCGAAUGGCACUUUGUUACUGAAGGCAGGGUAGAUGUGCAUUUUUAUAUACUAUAUAAGAUAUCUAUAGAGAGCACAUGUUUUUGGGAACUCAGGUUCACUUCACUCAGAUGCUUGGUCACUGCUGAGCAUGCUCCAGCCUUAGCUGAAGCCACAAGAAGCUGUAGGGACUUGAUGCCUGAAGACUAGUCUCCUAGUAUCAGUCUUUCAUCAUUGGAUCCCUAUUGAGCUGAAGCAGCUGAUCCUUCUGCCUCUCGGAUGGGAAACAUAACUUCAGCCACUACUCCUCUGUUCUUCAGGUUGGGAGCCAGCAGAGCCAGGCAGCUGGGAUUUCAGGCAUGGAAGAACUCAAGUUGGAGGCUCCCACUGCUCUGGGCAGGGCAUCUGGAGCGAGAGGAGGGGGGAGUGCUGUGCAGUUGUUGUGGCAGGGAGACAGUUGAAAAGCUGAGAUGCAGAUGUUCUGGAGAUGCCAUUUUACCAUUAGACCCUACAACCACCAUCUUACACCAUUGCUGAGUCUGUAGGAGGGGUAUAGAGAGACCAGGGGAGGUAGGCCUGAAUGGAUUGCAUCCUACAUACUUCCCUGCUGGCCAGAGCUGCCCCUAAAGACUCCACUUGCAUAUCAGGGAUUGUAUCCACAUCCUAGCUCUGAUUGUAUUUCUGAUUUGUAAUGAAGCAACAAUAAAGUGAUUCAGUGACAUCA